UGGUCAUUUUUGAAGGCUGACACCUUUCUUUUCUAUCUACAUCUCUAUGUGUCUCCCCUUCAAUUGGCAUUAUCCAAAACAAUAAUGGCCACCACAUCUAGACACCCCUCUCGUAAUAAAACCCCAAAACAGCACUUCAAAGUGUGUUUUUGUUUCAGGAGAAUGUUUAGGCUCAAGGGGACUGAACCUCCUGACGAAAUCAACACUGUUUUUGAAGAGUAUUCACUGGAUGGCAUCAUGAGCAUGCAUGACCUGGGCAAUUUCUUAGUUCACUUUCAAGGAGAAGAGGAAGGUGAUUCCAUCAACAAACAUGCUCAAACCAUUUUUGACAGUCUCAAGCAUCUUAACAUAUUUCAUAGGAAAGGCAUUCAUGUUGAAGCCUUCUUUCGUUAUCUCUUAAGUGACCUUAAUGGUCCCCUUGCUGAGGUGCACCAUGACAUGAAGUUUCCCUUGGCGCAUUAUUUCUUAUACACAGGCCACAACUCCUACUUAACUGGAAAUCAAGUUAGCAGUGCUAGCAGUACUUCUGCGAUAAUAAAGGCAUUGAAGAAAGGAGUAAGGGUAAUUGAGCUAGAUUUAUGGCCAAAUUCCAGAGGCGAUGAUGUGCUGGUUCAUCAUGGAGGGACUCUGACUUCUUCCGUGAAACUCAAAGCUUGUCUAAAGGCCAUUAACGACUAUGCAUUUUUUGCCUCUCCGUAUCCCGUUGUUAUAACUUUCGAAGACCAUAUAACUCAAUUUCUUCAAGCCAAAGUGGCCCAGAUGGUCGAUGACAUAUUUGGAGAUAUAUUGUUUCGCCCUGAAUAUUCACAACAAAUGACACAAUUCCCCUCCCCAGAACAAUUGAAGGGAAAAAUUCUAAUUUCAACUAAACCACCAGAGUCUCCUGAAAGUCAGGACCAGAGGGUACGAGAAGAAGCACAUAGGCUUGAGUACGAUGAUGAUAGAACUAGAGUCAAUUACAAGGAUGAUUUAGAGGAGCAAGAAGAGGAAGAUGAUACUCUUGAAUAUAGAGAUUUGAUUUCCAUUCGUGCAGGGAAGCCAAAAGGUAAGUUAAGAAACUGGCUGAUUGAUCAUGAACAAGUCAGGCGUCUUAGCUUGAGUGAGCAAGAGCUUGAAGAUAUCGCCAAAAAUCAUGGAACUGACAUUGUCAGAUUCACCCAAAGAAAUUUGCUUAGAAUAUAUCCAAAGGGUACUCGUCUGGACUCGUCUAAUUACGAUCCCAUGAUUGGAUGGAUGCAUGGAGCUCAAAUGGUAGCGUUUAAUAUGCAGGGUGGUGGGCACCAUCUUAGGUACAUGGAAGGAAUGUUCAGAGCCAAUGGUGGUUGUGGUUAUGUUAAGAAACCAGACAUACUGUUGAAUGUUGGUCCCAACAACGAGGUUUUUGAUCCAAGAACAAUUCGACCAGUCCAGAAAAUUCUUCAGGUUUUGGUAUACAUGGGUGAGGGGUGGCGUUCAGAUUUUGGCCCAACACAUUUCGAUUUUUAUUCUCCUCCUGACUUCCGUGUAAAGGUUGGUAUUCAUGGUGUCCCAGCUGAUAAAGAUACAAAAUACACCAGAACAGUUGAAGAUGACUGGGUACCGGUAUGGAACGAAGAGUUCAGCUUUCCAUUGACAGUUCCAGAAUUGGCCCUCUUAUACAUCAAAGUUGUUGAGCGUGACUUUUCUGGGAGACAUGAUUUUGGUGGACAAACAUGUUUACCUGUGUCAGAACUAAGACAAGGAAUCCGUGCAGUUCGUUUGCGUAACCGCAGGGGUGAACUUUACAAGUCUGUAAGGCUUCUCAUCCAAUUUCAUUUUGCUGAUAGCACUGCAUAGAAAUCUCUGUUGUCAUGUUAACUACUGCAUAGGUGCUAAACUGCUAAUGUUGUUAACUAAUUACCUCCUUAAAACCAUUUUCGUAUAUAAGGAAAAAGUAAUGUUAAUUCAUUCAUGGACUGUGAACUGCUAUUAUGUGUUUGUGGCUCUUCUUACUGAGUGGUUAUGUUUUAUGAUUGAUUAUGUGAUUGAAAUGAAAUCCCAGUUAAACUCCAUGCAUAUAUCUAUCUAUAAUCUAUUCAUAUUAUGGUUGCCGAUG